AUGUCUGCCCCGGCUGGUACUCUUCGUGGUACCCCCACAAGUAAGCGGGCGAACAUACCUUUCGAGAACAGCCCGUCGUCAGGGAUACCCAGGCCGAAACUAGAAUCAGUACCCAGCGAAAUGUCUGGUCACUCGACGAUAUCAGCAAGUCGGCAGAAGCAGAGCAAGAGAGACGAGGCCAUUCGAGAGAAGAUGGCUGCGAACCUCAACAGAAAGAAGGGUGCAUCUUCAAAAGCUCGUCAUUCACGAAAGGCACCACCAGGCACAGUAUUGGCUCUCAAACCCAGUCCAGCUCUACAGAUCAAGCCUAAUACCACCGUUGCCGAGGCUGCUCAGCUAAUGGCUGCGAAAAGAGAAGAUUGUGUACUGGUUACAGACGACGACGAGAGAAUCGCAGGCAUAUUUACAGCGAAAGAUUUGGCAUUCCGAGUGGUUGGCGCUGGUAUUAAGGCAAGAGAAGUGACUAUCGAACAAAUCAUGACCAAGAAUCCCCUGUGUGCAAGAACAGAUACAAGUGCUACAGAUGCUCUAGACCUGAUGGUCAGAAAAGGCUUCCGACACCUGCCCGUGAUGGACGAAAACCAAGACAUCUCCGGCAUUUUAGACAUCACAAAGUGUUUCUAUGAGGCUAUGGAGAAGUUGGAACGAGCAUAUAGCUCGUCACGAAAGCUUUACGAUGCGCUUGAAGGUGUUCAGUCGGAACUUGGAUCUAGCCAGCCGCAACAGAUCAUCGCCUAUGUCGAAGCAUUACGGCAGAAAAUGUCGGGUCCUACUCUCGAUUCAGUCCUUAAUGGCACACCUCCGACCACAGUGUCGGUUCGAACAUCGGUGAAGGAGGCGGCUCAAUUGAUGAAAGAGAAUCAUACUACCGCUGUCCUUGUGCAAGACCAGGGAUCUAUCACUGGCAUCUUCACCAGCAAAGACGUGGUCCUGCGUGUUAUCGCGCCUGGUUUGGACCCUUCUACCUGUAGUGUCGUUCGUGUCAUGACACCUCAUCCCGACUUUGCACCCUCCGACAUGAGCAUCCAAGCCGCCCUUCGGAAAAUGCACGACGGACACUAUCUCAACCUUCCAGUCAUGAAUGACGGCGGUGAAAUCGUUGGCAUGGUUGACGUCCUUAAGCUCACCUAUGCCACCCUAGAGCAGAUCAAUACCAUGGGAUCUGGUGGAGAAGAAGGUCCAGCAUGGAACAAAUUUUGGAUGUCCAUGGGAGAUGGUGACACAGAGUCGAUGAUGUCUGGUGAGGGCUCACACCGGCCCACGACACCGGGUAUUAGGUCCAUCAUGGAAUCAGAUAUCCGUCCAACUAUUGAACGGGGAGAUAGUGUCAUGCCCCAGGACUCGGCUUCACAUACAGGUGCCGAUGAUCAGUCUGAAAUCAUGCCUGAGUCUCCGCUUCCAGCUCAAGAGCCACAGACCCUACCUUUUCCAUUCAAAUUCAAAGCUCCGUCAGGACGAGUGCACCGGAUGCAAAUCAUUGCCAAUGAAGGCAUUCAAAAUUUACAGAACCACGUCCGAAGCAAGCUGGGUAACGAGCUCGAGGCGGUUGGCGGAGAGAGCUUCGCUAUGUCUUACAUGGAUAACGAUGGCGACGUCGUCUCAAUAACUACUGAUCAGGAUCUCAAGGAUGCCAUAGAGAUUGCCAGCAAGUCUCAAAGAGAUAAAGUCGACCUUUUCGUACAUGAUCCGUCACAACCGGCUGUGCCUAUCACACUGAAUCCAGCACCACCACUAAGCCCGCCAGAAUCAACAACGAAGGCAGUCAUUGAAGGUGAUGAUGAAAUACGCAGUCGACCUCGUUCUCCUCUCAGGGACUUUGCUCAGAAGCAGGAACGGCAACAAAAGCAAGAGGUUAUUCCUGGUGUGCCGAACGAGCUUCUUCUGCCCGGAGCUAUUGCAACACUGGCGGCCGUGAUCGUGGUUGUGUUCGCCAUCGGUCGAGCUUCAAAAAAUUAG